AAACUCGUGAUAUUUCGUUAUUUAUAAUUAUAAAAGGUUAAAAUCUUUUUCGAAUCAUAAAAAUAAAAGCUGCCUAUUUAUGAAAAACUAAAAAAAAAUAAAGAAAUAUAGAAACAAAAUCUCAGAAGAACAGAACUCAUUGCCAAUCGAGAGAUGGAGGGUGUGAUGUCAGCCAAUGACCAGCAGACUCUGGUCUCUUCGUUUUUGGAGAUCGCCGUCGGCCAGACCGCCGAUACGGCGCGGCAGUUUCUGCAGGCCACUGGGUGGAAGCUUGAGGAAGCAAUUCAGCUCUUUUAUGUGGGUAAUGAAGCUGGGAUAAUGACCGAGGCGGCGCCGUUACCGACUGAAAAUAUUGAUCAGUUGGCCGAACAAGCUUCUGGCGUAAAUGAAAAUGUGGCACUUCCUGGUGUGAAUGAGAAUGUGGAACAAUUCGCUGAUGAUGAGGUGCGCGCUCCUAUGCCUGUUAUAAGGGACGUUCUUUAUGACGAUAUGUCGCUCUAUGGAGCACCAAGGGCUAGAUUUUCACAACAUGGUUCUGUAAUUGCCUUCCGUAACUUUGAGGAGGAAAUGAAGCAUCCUGGGGUAUGGGAAUCGGACCAAGGUGCUACAUCCUCAGCAAAUGCUGUUCAAGAUAAUCUUGCAUCCUUAUAUCGUCCUCCCUUUAAGCUACUGUUCCAGGGCUCCUUUGAAAAGGCAAAAAGUGCUGCUUCUGUCCAGGACAAAUGGCUACUGGUGAACUUGCAAUCCACUAAAGAGUUCAGCUCGCAUAUGCUUAAUCGAGACACCUGGGCCAACGAAGCUGUCUCUCAAACCAUUAUUACUAAUUUUAUCUUCUGGCAGACAUAUGAUGAUACAACUGAAGGCAAGAAGGUUUGCACAUACUACAAGUUGGAAUCUAUGCCUGUAGUGCUCCUUAUUGACCCUAUUACUGGACAAAAAAUGCGUUCAUGGAAUGGAAUGGUUCACCCGGAUCGUUUGCUAGAGGAUCUACUACUCUUCUUGGAUAGUGGCCCCAGGGAUCAUCAUGUAACUUUGUCCAAUAAACGCCCGAGAGAAACUGCUCAGCCACAAAAAACUAAAGAUGCUUCAGUUGCAGACGGAACUAAUGAAGAAGAUGAGGAAGUGCAGCGCGCAUUGGCAGCUUCCAUGGAAGGCAUGAAGGAGACAAGCAGAACAACAUCCAAAGACAAAGAUGAAAGCAUCACCGAGAAGGAGGAAGAAACUAGCUCAAUCAAGAUGCCUACAUACCCUCCUUUGCCCGAAGAACCCAAGGGUGACAGGAGCCUCCUUUGCAGAGUUGGAGUCCGUCUUCCAGACGGUCGCAGGGUCCAGCGGAACUUCCUCCGCGUUGAUCCAAUUCAGCUGUUGUGGUCGUUCUGCUAUUCCCAACUAAAGGAAGCUGAGGCAAGGCCAUUUCACUUGACGCAGGCAAUCCCAGGAGCUUCAAAGAAUCUGGAUUAUGAUUGUCAAUCUACUUUUGAAGAAUCGGGUCUGGCCAACUCUAUGGUCUCGGUUACUUGGGAAUGAAUGGACGAAUUCAUGC